AUGACAACUCAUCAUCCCCGACAACAUCCUAUAAUACUCAUCACUGGUACACCAGGAACAGGUAAAACCCUUCAUUCCGAUCUUCUCGCCCUCAAUUCUCAAGAUACAUCAUCACCGUUAGUUCAUCUCAACGUCGGAGAUAUAGUCAAACAAAAUGGUUUUCACGAAGGAUGGGAUGAAGAAUGGCAAAGCUGGAUCGUUGAUGAAGAUAAGUUAUUAGAUUGGAUGGAGGAGAAAGUUAAUCCUUUUGAUGGACCUGCGGAAACGGGCUUCAUAAUAGAUCACCACGACCCUUCCCUUUUCCCAGAACGUUGGAUAGAUUCAGUCGUCGUUUUAACAUGCGACAAUUCAGUUUUACAUGAUCGUCUGACUUCCCGACAUUAUCCCGAAAAGAAAUUACACGAAAAUAUUACUGCUGAGAUAAUGCAAACUUGUUUGACAGAGACGAGGGAAUCAUAUGUUGAAGAAAUCGUCGUACAACUACUAAGUGAUGGGAAAGAAGAAGGUGAGGUAGAGGAGAAUGUUAGGAGGAUAGGAGAAUGGAUCGAGAAAUGGAGAGAAGAUCGGACGAAUGAGAAAGAAUAG